AUGUCGUCAAGGCAUAGGAUUGAUAUCGGUGAAUCUAAGCCCAGACGGUCAAGGUUUUCUGAUGGACCGGAUAAUCAUACACGUGAUCGCUCACGCUCCCCAGAUAAUCACGUCAAAGUUAAACAGAAUGCUUCAAAUAAGUCUCCAUUCACAGCACAAACAAAUCCUUACAACGGCAAAUCAUUUAGUGCCAAAUACUUCGAACUUCUGAGGAAGCGUAUCAAAUUACCUGUUUGGGAAUACAAAGAGAAUUUUUUUCAGACAUUAUCGGAGAACCAAGUCACUGUUUUAGUUGGUGAAACAGGUUCUGGAAAAACGACCCAAAUUCCUCAGUGGUGCCUGGAAUGGGUAACUGGACGGUAUCCUACCAAAAAGGCAGUGGCCUGCACUCAACCUAGAAGGGUAGCAGCUAUGUCUGUUGCUCAGCGUGUUUCCGAGGAAAUGGAUGUUGAACUCGGUCAAGAAGUAGGAUACAGUAUUCGAUUCGAGGAUUGCACGUCCUCAAGAACUGUGAUGAAAUACAUGACUGAUGGUAUGCUUUUACGUGAAGGCAUGUCUGAUCCUUUGCUCGAGGCAUACGGUGUUAUUCUCUUGGAUGAAGCCCAUGAAAGAACUUUGGCUACUGAUAUUUUAAUGGGUCUACUUAAAUGGUUUUGGUGCAAAUAA